CCCCCCUCAUAAUCACUUCCCCCCCUCCUCCUCUCCCUUGGAAAAGAAUAGCCUAGUUCCAGAUGCUUUCCUGAUUCUAUUAUCAACCCCUCGCCUAAAUUUCUAUCUCUGCAAGGGUGUUUGUCUGCUAACCAAGAAGGUGCGACCUGCUCAGGGGAACUUCCUCAUCAACGCUCGCUACCUCGACAUUUUUUUUUUUUUUCAAACCGUCCACGCUCGCUUCCUAAACAAAUCCCUUAACAUUCACAAUGGGUAAGCUUACCGCUACCAGCGACAUCCCAUUCCACCGGUUUUGCUCUCUUCCCAUUCUGUUACCUGGCGGACAAUCCUCCAUUCGUGUAUCUCUGAAGCUCUUGCGCUUGGUGACAACAUUAUGGUACAUGCCAGACGCCAAAGUGCAGAGGGUCGCUCGCAAGUAGACUCUCAACGAUUCAGUGCUUCUCCUUCGUUGAAACGCCAUAGGUGCAAAAGCCAUACGUCAUGUUCACCAACUCGGGGAACUUUGUCUACCGAAAAUGAAUCCAAGAUCACGCCAGUUACUGACUUUACGUUUCCUGUUGUAGCUUCACCACCCCCCACCAACGGCUCCCCCACCCCGGCCGUGGAGUCUCCUGAGAGCAGCAAGCCCAGUUCCCCCUUUGUUGAGCGCAGCAACCCCAUGGGAUCAGGAAACGCUCAAACCGUCAGCUCCAGUGACCCGAAGGCUGUGGCCCAAGCUGCCACCGACAUGAAGAACGUUGUUCGCCGCAAGUUGACUGGCUACGUCGGUUUUGCCAACCUGCCCAACCAAUGGCACCGCAAAAGUGUUCGCAAGGGAUUCAACUUCAACGUAAUGGUUGUUGGUGAAUCUGGUCUCGGAAAGUCGACUCUUGUGAACACUCUCUUUAACACCUCUCUCUACCCUCCCAAGGAGCGCACCGGUCCCAGCCACGACAUUAUCCCGAAGACCGUGGCCAUUCAGUCUAUCAGCGCAGAUAUUGAAGAGAACGGCGUUCGUCUUCGCCUGACCGUGGUUGACACCCCCGGAUUCGGUGAUUUCGUGAACAACGACGAUUCGUGGCGCCCUAUCGUAGAGAACAUUGAGCAGAGAUACGAUGCCUACUUGGAGGCUGAAAACAAGGUCAACCGUACUAACAUUGUUGACAACCGUAUUCACGCCUGUGUCUACUUCAUCCAGCCCACCGGCCACUCCCUCAAGCCUUUGGACAUUGAGGUCAUGCGCCGGUUGCACACCAAGGUCAACCUGAUCCCUGUGAUCGCCAAGGCCGAUACCUUGACGGACGAGGAGAUUUCUCAGUUCAAGCAGAGAAUCCUUGCCGAUAUCCAACACCACUCCAUCCAGAUCUUCGAGGGCCCCCGCUACGAACUCGACGACGAAGAAACCAUCGCCGAGAACCAGGAGAUCAUGUCGAAGGUCCCCUUCGCUGUGGUCGGCGCCAACGCUGAGGUUGCCACCGCUGACGGCCGCAAGGUCCGGGGCCGUAGCUACCCGUGGGGUAUCAUUGAGGUCGACAACGAGGAACACUGCGACUUUGUCAAGCUGCGUCAGAUGCUGAUCCGUACCCACAUGGAAGAGCUCAAGGAACACACCAACAACCUGCUGUACGAGAACUACCGCUCCGACAAGCUGACCCAGAUGGGUGUCGCCCAGGACCCGAGCGUGUUCAAGGAAGUCAACCCGGCUGUUAAGCAGGAGGAGGAGCGUGCCCUGCACGAGCAGAAGCUCGCCAAGAUGGAGGCAGAGAUGAAGAUGGUCUUCCAACAGAAGGUAGCCGAGAAGGAGAGCAAGCUGAAACAGAGCGAAGACGAACUAUACGCUCGACAUCGCGAGAUGAAGGAUCAACUGGAGCGGCAACGCCAGGAACUGGACGAGAAGAAGAGUCGCCUCGAAAGUGGUCGACCGAUCGAAGAGAAGGGCAAGCGAAAGGGCUUCUCUCUUCGUUAGAUGACUGGAAUUCAAUGACACGGACUCCCCAGGUAAUGUAUGGUCGUUGGAGGCACGUUGGCGGUUCUGUGUUGGAUUCCCCACGACUGUUGAUUGACCGAGCGCUCUUUUCGAC